AUGGUUAGGCUGCUGCUGCAGGAAAGACUGCCGACAGUCGAUGCGGAACCAGUCAGAGAUCUCAACCUCGAGUACACUUGUUACAAUGACGAGGUUGUUCCGGGAAAGGGCGGACGUCCGAUGCUCCGCGAAGAAAUGAUCGGACAGAGAAACGUGGCAAUAAAUGUGAUGGACGCCUACGAUCCGAUAAUCGCGGCGGCGCUCGUGAACGAACAACACGACGUCCUCUCCUAAUAUAUUUACUUUUACAGAACAAUCAUUCUAUUUAUCAGCUUUAUGAGUUUGAGUCCAAGACUAAGUUUCUCGACAACGUUGCAGUGAGAGCUGCGCCGUCGGAUGAUAUAUUUUCUUUGGCCGAGAACAAUGAUAUGGUACAUAGAGUGGUGGGAAAAAACAGGGAACAGUGCAAUUUCAGCCGACACGAUUUCUGCUCUGUCGCUACGUCAUCUGCUUGAUCGACGAUGCGAGACAGACGGGAAAACACAUCGAACUGAUGGCGAUCCGAAAAAACGAUGACGUUUACAUUGGCGCGAAUAAAUCACUGGAUUGGUAAUCGCCCUUCACCAUGCUUUUUCAACUCCUCUUCUUUUUCAGUUUGGCGAACGAAGCGAGCCAGAAGUCCGCUUUCGAACGGUUGAACUUCGCUAAAAAAGUGACUCGUGAGGUGGACGUGCUCAGCUUCCAAAACCAUCACAAUAUUGUCAAAGAGUUGCGACUUCAAAACAGAAGGACACGCAAAGCAAUGAGAAUCUUCAUCUCGAGCGUCGCCCGCGCAUUCGAUAACAAAGGAAGAGUGGUCGAAUUGAAGACGGUCGGGAUGUCGGUGGCUGGAAAAUUGCAAAAUCUUCCGGGACACAAGGCUCGCAAUUGGUGGCUCAGAGCUCUCCUCAGUGGAGCCGAUCGGAUUGUUUACGGCAUGCGACGCAACGAUUUUUUAGUUAAUGAGGUUGAGCCGAUAAAUGGGCAAAAAUAAAAGGGCCAUAAACUCGGCUGGCUUCCAGGUGCACGACGCUUAUUUGGAUGAGCUGACGAGCGGACACUUCCACUUCGAUGGCACCGCCCUCUUCUCAUUCGUCUACAAUCUCUUCGAGAAAGUCCACAAUUUUCUGGCCCACGAAGGCGACAUGUGCCUGGUUAGUCCAUUCUUUGAACAACUCGUUGAAAAUCAGUUUUUAAGAUCACUUCCGAUAGACACGAAAUGUCAAUUACACAAGCGACGGCCGAAACUCUCAAUCGGAGCCCCUUCUGGUAACCGCUUUCAAAUCAUCUGAUACUUGCCAGAAUAAUCAUAUUGACAAAUGAUCUGAACUCUUUCAAUGCUUCAAACACCCUGAAUGUUUUACUUUAUCAGAACUUCUGUUUAUUUGUUCUCUGUUUUAUCUUUUUCAGAAAUGAUUCUUUUCACUGCUCCGAUUUGAAAAACGUGUUGUUUUCUUCCUAUUUCUGUUUUCAAGGCGAAAUGUGAGUUGCAUUGUGUAUUAUCUUAUCGAGACAUCCUUUGUAAUUCUGAACCGGCAUUUUUUCAACGUAUAGUCGUUUAAUGUCGUUUUGUCUUCAGUUUUCAUCCGAUUAGUGCAUCAAAGUAGUAUUGGCGCCUGAUAAGAGAGUUCGGAAUGAUCGCCGUCGCACCAAUUUUUGAUCUACGCUCUGCCGAAUCUGGCCGUUAUUGUUCGGUCGACCGAACAGUUUCCCUUUUUCUGGCAGAAUCUCCCGUCGGGCAGCGCCAUGCUCCGACUCGUUCCGUUCCUUCUGCUGGCCCACGGUGCGAUGGUUCCGCCAGUUAGGAACGGGGAAAUGGAACUGAAGCUGGUGCAUAUUGUAAGUUACUCGAAUUGAAAGUUUGAAAAAAUAUGGUUUUCAGGUAUGGAGGCAUGGAGAUAGAUCGCCAACGACUACUUUCGAUUCCGAUCCAUUUCAAGAAGAUGCGUGGACGUUCGGAGGAGGAGGCUGGGGGCAGUUGUCGCCGAUGGGAAUGUCACAGCACUUGACACUGGGGAAGAUGCUCCGGGACAGAUACGUGAACACGGGCAAUUCGACCUACAACUUCCUGCCGUCCGUUUAUGAUCAGAAGACGAUGUACGUCCGAUCGACAGGACUGAAUAGAACACUCAUUUCGGCCACUUCGAACAUGCUCGGAAUGUACGGACAAGACGGAUACGGUAGUUUGGCCGGAACGGAUUAUCCGGAUGUUAGCGGGUGGCCACGUGGAUUCAUCCCGAUCCCCAUUCACACAGUCGACUACGACUCCGACCAUGUGGGAUCUCACAGCAUGUGCUUCAUUUUCAUUUUCUGAUUUCAGAUCGGGAACAUGGAUAGCAUUUGUCCGCGGCGUGAUUGGCUUUGGAAUCUGGCUCAGCAGUCGGAUGAAGUGAGGAAUUGGACGAAUUCGGCCAAAGUAUCGUCUGUUUUGAAUAAACUGACUUCGCUUGUGAACCAAACAUUCGCCCUCGAAGACCUGUGGAUUGUUCCCGACGCUCUGUUUAUCGAGCAAAUCUACUACAACGAAAGUCUGCGAGUGAAAAACACGUGGUACACUGAUGACUUUUACAACCAAAUUGUGGAAGUGAACGACCAGACGUACAUGUUCCAGUACGGUAUUUUCGGUGAGAAGUCAUUAUUGUCGACGGGUCUUUAUUUGAAGUUUCAGAUAAACCUGUGAAUAUGAAUAAUUUGGACAUAGGAUUGGAACUUUUGAAAGUGCGCUCGGGGCCUUUGAUGAAUGAUAUCGUGGAGAGAAUCGUCAGAAAAAUUGAUUGUUCCUACGGGAAGAACGCAUCCGGAUGCGGUUGGAUUAACGGACUCAAGUACUUUGCUUAUUCGGCGGUCUGACUCUUUUUUCUUCCGAACUUUUUCCGAAUUUCUCAUUUGCAGCACGACGAGACAGUUUACGCAGUGCUGGUUGCGCUUGGCAUCGAGAGAUUCGCCAUCAUUCCACAUGGAUAUCCACUCUACUCGGCCGCAGUUUCCAUUGAAUAUUGGAGGAAUACGACAGACAACACCGAUUAUUUCCAGGUACGUUUUGAGUGCAAACAACGUCCACUCCCACGUGAUGUUCCAGUUAAUUUACCACAAAGAGGCGGGAGACACUUUCACUGUUAUGACGAGUGAAAUCGAAGGAUGCAAUGGGGACUACUGCUCGAUUGAAGUGUUGAGGGAUGUGGCCAAGAAGCUGAAGACCGAUCAACCCAUAGAUCAGUGGUGUCUGGUCACGGAAUCUUCCAGUUCUUCCUCUCUUUCUGUCACAUUUCUGAUUCUCACUUUUCUGCUUUCAAAAUGCUUUCUCAUGUAA